AUGAGCUUCAAAACAUCCGCCCACCUCCGGCGGCACCACAACACUGUGCACCGGGCCAUCAAAUUCAGCUGCUCUCAUUGCUCGGUCAGUUAUGGCCGCAAGGACAAACUGCGGAUGCACAUGGAACGAACCCACAACAUUCAAACCUACUUCCCCUGCGAAAUCUGCCUUAAAUCGUUCAGCUCGGCGGCCGACCUAACCGAGCACAAGGCACACCACGCGCGGCCAAAGGAGCUGGAGUGUGCAACCUGUCUGGUGGCGUUCCUCAACCGGAAAGAGUUCGACGAUCACCUGUGCAUCACCUAUCGGGACAGUUACGAGUGCUGCGGGCGGGAUUUCAAGUUUCACCUGCAUUUUAAUAAGCACAUGUUCCUGGCCCACGGGCUCAAAACGAACGUCCGCGUGAAACCGGCCGCGAACCAGCUGAUGAGUGCCGUCAGGGCUGCCCGGAAGCCGGUGGAACGGUGCGUGCGCUGUGGUCGGGUGUUUCCAACGAGAAAACUGAAGAAAGAACACAUGCAGCAGUGCGCUGAAUUGAUUCCGUUUGGAGAGGAAGAAGUGCUGGACGAGGUUGGGAUGGGGCAACAACUUCAGCAGCAGCAGCAACAGGUAGAGUAUUGUGAAGUGGGGGAUGGUGGGACGAUUCGAAUGGUGAAUGCGGUGGAUUAUCAGCAAAACAUUGGCCAUAUUGGACCGGAUCAAAUGUUAGUUAAGCUAGAGCAACACUAG